AUGACCUCUGAAUCCAGCGACACCAACUACCCCAUCUUCCGAGAAUGUCUGUCCAGUGCCAUUGUUGAGAAAUCCGACACGCAUCGACCGACCAAGACGAAACGCAAGGCGCAUAGGCCCGGGCCCCGCCGCAAUGGCAAAGUGAAGAAAGAUGAAGCCCGCACGACACAGCCCUCAGAACCCGAGUCCAGCGCACUACGAGGCGAUCCGGAGGAAUUGGCAGAUUUCAUCGAUUUCCUCGCCACCGAGAUCUUCACCUCCUUCCCCACCGACCUCCAAACCCUCUCCUACACGACCAUCCAAAACUCCCCCGCCCUCCGAGCCCGAUACACACCAGACCCUCACCUCCCAGCCCCCACCCUCUCCGCCAUCCUAACGACCCUCCCGCCCUCCGUCCCGGACACCUUAACCGCCUACGGCCUCCUCCCGGCGCCUUCCAGCACCGACACCGACAUCGACAGCGAAGUGUCCGAUUUCCUCGCGCGGGUCGUAACCGAAUACGUGGGAGCCGUGACGCGCGCACCACCCGUCUGGGCGACCACACGAACAGAUGCAUGCGAGAUCUGCGAACGGGACUGGAUUCCGCUGUCGUAUCACCAUCUGAUUCCGCGCGGGGUGCACGACAAGGUGCGCAAGAAGGGGUGGCAUGAGGAGUGGAUGCUGAAUAGCGUGGCGUGGCUGUGUCGCGCGUGCCAUUCGUUUGUGCAUCGGAUGGCGAGUAAUGAGGAGUUGGCGAGGGAGUGGUUUACCGUGGAUAGGAUCCUGGAGAGAGAGGAUGUGCAGGAUUGGGCGAGGUGGGUGAGUCGGGUGAGGUGGAAAGCUAGAUGA